GACUUGGCAAGUCGGAUCUGCCACUACACCCGCGACUACACCUGUUGCCCGUCCCGCUCUGCUUUCUUCCACGGCCGUCCCUGUGCAAGUGUGCCUCUCCCAUCAUCGCCCACAAAGUCGGCACCUCACAGAUCACUGCUCACGCAGGUCACGCACCGGCCAAACAUGGCUGAAAAGGCGCCGUCCUCUAGCGAUGGCCGCGAUUCGUCACCAUCCGUAGCCAUGGGCGACGUGGAGAAGGGUCGGCACACCCCUCCCGGCGAUCACCAUGCGCCGUAUCUGGACCCGGCCGCCAUGGCGGAGGACUACGACGGCAAGCCAACCGAGGAGGAACUGGCCGUCCUCCGGCGAGUGCCUGGCACGAUCCCCAUCAUCGCCUACCUCAUCUGCAUCGUCGAGUUCUGCGAACGUGCCUCGUACUACGGAAUCCAGCCCCUGAUCGCCAACUACGUCAACCGGCCCCUUCCCACCGGUGGAAAUGGCUGGGGUGCACCGCCCGUCGGCGACCAGCAGACUGCCGGCGCCCUGGGCAUGGGAACCCAGGUCGCCAAUGCCGUGACACAGUCCUUCAGCAUGCUGGCUUAUUUGUUGCCUCUCAUCUUCGGGUAUCUCGCUGAUGCCAAGACGGGUCGCUUCAAGCUCAUCUGCUGGGGUGUUUAUGUCUUCGGGGCUGCCCACAUCCUCAUGGUCGGCGCUGGUGCCAAGAACCUCCUCGAGAAUGGAAACGCGAAGGCUCUGUUCUUCAUAUCCGUGUACAUUCUAUCCGUCGGCGCCGCCAUGUUCAAGCCGAAUGUGUCGCCUCUGCUGCUUGAUCAAGUCACUACUACGGUUCCCAAAGUCGUGACGCUCCCCAGCGGCGAGAGAGUCAUUGAGGAUCCCGAGUCCACCACCGAGCGGGUCAUGCUGUGGUUUUACCUGAUGAUCAAUAUCGGAGGCUUCAUGGGUGUUGCCACAUCCUAUUCGGAGAAAUACAUCGGGUGGUGGCUCGCCUUCCUGAUCCCCCUCGUCCUGUAUCUGCCGCUGCCGCUCCUCCUUUGGUUCCUGAAGAAGCGCCUCGUGCUGCACCCGCCCGGCGGCAGCGACCUUCCCGAUGUCUUCAAGGUUCUCGGCAUCUGCUUCCGCCGCGGAGGUAUCACGAGGAUCGGCCGCCAUGGGUUUUGGGACCUCGCCAAGCCCUCCAACAUUGCUGCUGCCGGUCUCAGCGGCAGAUACAAGACGGAGUGGAAUGAUCAGUUCGUCGAUGAUGUCCGCCGCGCAUUCCAAGCAACAGGCAUCUUCUGCUUCUUCCCUAUCCAGUAUAUCAACGACAACGGCCUUGGUUCUGCAGCCAGCUUCCUGUCGACUAUGCUGGAGACCAACGGCGUGCCGAAUGAUGUUAUCCAAAACUUCAACUCUCUGAGCAUCAUCGCCUGCGCGCCGAUCCUCAACUACGGGCUAUAUCCUCUUCUGCGGAAGAUGAACGUCCACUAUGGGCCCGUUGCGCGUAUGACGACCGGUCUAGCCCUGUCAACACUCGGCGGGGUGGGCUAUACCGUCCUGAACUACUACGCCUACAAGCAGUCACCAUGCGGAGAGUAUGGCUCAAGCGACUGCACGGUCGGCACCGGCGUCGCCCCCAUCUCCAUCUGGUGGAUGGCCAUCCCCUUCGCCAUCGGCGGUAUCUCGGAACUUUUUAUCAACGUUCCGGCGUACGGCAUCGCCUACUCCCGUUCGCCCGUCAACAUGCGUGGUGUCGUGUCUGCCAUCAACCUCUUGAGCACCGCCGUCGCAUAUGCCAUUGGUCUGGCCUGCUCGUCUGUCAUUACAGACCCUUACCUGACUUGGGAUUUUGGCGGUCCUGCUAUCGCAGGCGGUGUGCUGACCGUUAUCUUCUAUUUCAUGUUCAGACACAUUGACAAGGAGGAGUACGUGUUGAACACAACUGAAGGCGGCGAUAAGGACUACCACCUCGAGCUGGAACGGACUCGCAAUGUCGUUGGCGAGAACCAGCUGAACAAGAGCUCCAACAGGCCGGCACCUAUCGCCGAGAACGAGGAGAUGAUGAUCUCUCAGAAGCAGUAGAGGAGCGAUAUCGAGUGGAUGGGUCAUGGUUGGAGUUUGGCGUCUAGAUUCCCGGCAUAUCAUAGCUACACUGUCCUACGAAUACUAUACUACAUGUGUGAUAGUAUCCCCCCAGUCAAUCUGCGUUGACAGUUGACCGAACUUACACAGUCGCUUGUCUUACUACCUAUCUCUGCCCAUCGUGCCUUGUGUGUUUGUGUUCACGGAGCAACGCCUGUAGCCGAUGGC